GGCUUUGGCGUAACGUUGGCUUUGGCCCUUCGGUGCCUUCGGCCACUUCGGCCACUUCGAGUUCGGCCCUGUGCUUCGGCCGUCGAUGAGAAGCGGCAAUCGUGAAUGGCAGUUGGGCCUUCGAUGCACGACGAAGUGUCUCCUUUGCGCAGAGAGUUCAAGCACGCCAUGUGCAUGAUCAGGGACCAAAAAGCGGCAUGGGAGAAGCACAUGGAGGAAUCGCGACCCCACCUCUCGUCCGUGCUCACGCUCAGCGAAAUUCUGUCCAGUUGUGUUGCGGCCAAGCUAGUGUCGUCGAAUCUCGUGUCCAGGUACCCCGACAUUCGGCAGCGGGUUAUACGAAAAGUGGAGAACGAACUGCUCGAAGAGAAGGCCAAGUUGGAAAAUACCGUGAAGUUGUUGAAGAGGGCUCAAAACAUGCUGAGUGGUGCCUGUCAGAAAGCCCUCCAUGCCUAUGAGGAGCAGCGCCAGGGUCUAAGAGUUGAAGACAUCUGCCUGAGGACCGAAACCGAACCCUCCAUAGCAGACAUGGUCGAAUGGGUCAUGGACGCCGAAAGACAUUUCAGCAGUCACGUCUGUGCCAGGGAGUUCUUGCUGGAGAACAUGAGUCUCGGCGAAAACUUUGCUGCCCAAAGGUUUGCCAGGGAGUGGAUGGACGAUGCGUCCAUGCUGGCAGUCCUUAACGAAAUGCUAUGCACGGCGAGUUUUCUCAUGGAGGCAAAGGACUGACGAUUGGGCUGCUAAGUAUGCAUCUUGGAAGCAACUGUAUAGUCUUGUAUAACAAAGUCUCGAAAUAUAUUUUAUUGAAA